GGUUGAUCAAGUGAGGUGAAGAUCCUGAGGACAGCAAGAUGUCAGAGCACUUGCGAAAAACGGAUGUGUAUUCUUAUUUUAGGGGUUGCUUUAAGUUGUUUUUAUGUUGACAAUGCUGAAUACGUGGUACCCAAGUAAGAGUCAUAUAAAGAAAACACAAUGAUUCCGAGACAAGGGACAAAAAAUGACUUAUUUUCAGGUUCGCGCCUGUGCCACUGCGGCAUGCCAGCCAGCUAUCGAGACAGUGCAUGACAGUAUGCUAAUCUAAACAUGGUUGCUAGAUAGUUAGCCAGACACAAACAUGCAACACUAAACGCUAUGCUAUGUGUAUUUGAAGAUUACGAAAUGUAUCCAGAUUAUAUUAACAAACUCCUAGUAGCUAACUUGUUGGCUGGCUAAAUUAUGGUGAUGAACACAGUCACAGACAGUAACUUUGCUAGCUAAAGUCGCUACUGUUAAGUUACUAUUUGUUCAAACCAACGGCUAGCUGUGUAGUUAGCUAUCAUUAGCUGUUAAAGCUGGCUAACUAGAUAGCUAGUUACUUGUCUGCCGUUCGGCAUGUUCUACCUAGCUAGCAGUUUAUUUGGCUGCACUAUAAGCAAUUCACAAUGAUCUGCGGGGCUAGCAUGUUGUGUUAUUUAAUUUUGAACACUAAGUCACUGGUCUCAUUGUAUUUUCUAGGUAUUUCACACCAUUUCAUGUGAAGUUUAACAGGAUAUCUCUAAGUGAAAUAUACUGUCAGAUAUUCUCUCCUUCUGCGUCGCUCAGAAAUAACGCUGAUAUCUGAAACUCAUGUCGAACGACUAUGAAGAGCGAGCCACAAUGAUAGCCGCAGUGGAAUUGCAGUAAUUUGUCCCGUUUGGCGUAUUCAGUACAUUAACCACCCGAACGAUGUAAACCUGCAGCUGCAAGCCUCUAAGCUCAGGUCCUCAGACACAUGGUCCCCUCCAGGAUGUCACUACCGCAGAAGGAGUGUUGGUUGCUGAGAAAGGGUUCCAGUGUGGACAGUGAUGAGAAUGAGGAGGAGCUCUAUGCAGCAGGAAACAUGGUCAUAGGGAGCAGAGGGAACAAGAGUCAAGCUUCCCAUGUUUACAAGGCUUUCACUGUGGGCAGAAGGCUGCCCGCUCGCCGGCCCGUCUUUCUCCGGCAGUCUUUCUCCACCUCUUCACGCAGAUCACUGGAGUCGGGGCCUGUUCCCGAGGGAGCCGAAUUUCCUCCGCCUCGGGCUCGUCAGAGUCGUGAAAGAAGAAAAAGGAUUCCGCUAGUCUGUGAGCAAGAUGUUAUGGAACAGACUGUGUGUAUUGUCCCGAGCAGCUGUGUGAAUGUGCACAGUGUGACACCGAAGGACUUAAUCUCCCCUCUACACUUUCAGGGAACCUCUUCCCACUGUAUUCAGUAUGCUGCACCUUCUGGAUGAGAGUGGUGUGCAUACCUACAGGUCUGUUCGAGGCUGCCUGUGUGCAAUACGUCUCUGACAGCACCAUGAAAAUCGUCUUCUUCAACUGCAAGCCCUCCAUGGUUAUAUGACACUGUGCAGGGCAUACACUCAGUCAUUUCAGAUGUAAGAUAACAUGCAAGAACAACCCCUUGUGUUAGAAAUGUUUAAUGUUUCCUUCAUGAUUUUUCAGUGGUAAAAAAAUGGAUUAUUCACGGCAUAAAUGGAAUUUAAGAAUAGAAUUCUCAUGGCAUUAGUGAUGACUCAAAGCCGAGUUACAAUCCCUUAGAUUGGAUUUAAGUUGGUCUGACCAGGGCCAGGUAUAGUUCACCCAAAUUACAAAAUGAAACAGGUUUUCUUGCCCUGUAAGCAGUCUAUGGACAAGGUAUCACAGCAAUCUAUGCUUUGGUUUUAUUUCCCUGGCACUGUUUUCAAAUGCUAACGUUUUAGAAUUUGUGGCACAAAUCCAAUUCAGGUCAUGGUACUGAUCUUAGCAUUAUUCAUUCAUCAUGUCCAAAUCAUCCGAAACUAUGUCAAAUUGAUUGUGACGCCCAACAAAGGCCCUUAAAGAUGAUUUGAAUAUCAUGUGCAAUAAUGAUUAAUAUUGGUACCAUGAUUUGAAUGGGAUUCCAUGGGAUGACGCAUUCUCAGGAUGGGUGAGCCUAGUAUGUUGAUAUUUGUUGCAUACUGCAUUCAGUUUUAAUAAACAGUAUGUCUAAGUAUUAUGUAGUAUGAUUAGUAUGUCGUUUUAGUAAGUAGUAGGCAAGACAGACAUGGACACUGCCCAUGUAACAAAUAAUCGAACCCUGAUCCGAACUAUAGCAAAUGGACGUUGCCCUUUUUGUUUGAGUGCCAUCGGUCCACAUUGGACUGAUAUAGAUUGCUAGUUUGGUCUUGGGUUCGGGCUUUCUGAGUUGGGACCUAUAUUUCUAGAAUGUCACCUGAAAACGAUACAUAGAGAACAUCCUACAGGUAUGGAACGGUAAUGACGCUCUUCUCCGAGUUCAUUUCUUAUCUGACCCCUAUCUAAAAUUCACAGCAGAGAGAAGUUGAGAAAAAAUAGACUUCUUGGAUCUUAAAGUCAACAAAAAUAAAGAAAACAAGUUGGGAGUCUACUAUCUUCUGCAAGCCGCAGAGUAGGAGUACACUUUUACGUGCAGACCGUAACCACCCAGGACACCUUAAGCAGAACAUAUCGGUGGGUCAAUUCCUAAGACUUCGAUGUAACUGAGCACAAAGCCAUUGAUAUGUGCACCAGGCUCCUGCAAUGUGGGAAUGAUUAUAGUGCCAUUGAACAGGGCUAUACCUGUGCUUGAGACUGAACGUGGAAGCCUACUCAAUGGCACUAAUAGAAACCUGGACAAAAUGCCCCCACGUCAGUGUUUUUCCACAGAGUGCGGUCUCAUCAAAUCCAUUGUAUUGAAACAAAAGUGAUCCAAGUCUACCAGUGUUCACAACAUUGCCCCCUCUCAUUGGUUUUAGCAGAUUGUUAUGCAAAGCAUGCAGCUGCCCAAGAAGCAUGACACUUGGCCCCAGGCCCGUGUGGCCACUGUGUAUAUUGUGACAACAUGACCAAUACUACAGUACUUUUCCACCCGAGAACAGGUAAAUUAUACAAAAUCCAAAGCUUCAUUAAUUGUAGCACCACAAAUAUCAUAUACAUGCUCAAACUUCUGUGGGCUGCUUCUAUUGGUCAAACUAAAUGAGCAUUGAAACUCCGCAUCGCCGAACAUAAGGCUGCUAUUCGUAAUAUAAACACGGACUAUGCUAUUGCACGCCACUGUAUAGAAGCCAACCAUGGCUCACCUGCCUCCCUGCGCUUUGUAGCCAUAGAACGUGUCCAAAUUUCACCAAGAGGACGUGAACUUAAACAGGCGUAUCAAUGAUUUUUCAAUGUCUUCGUUUAUAUAAUGUUGCCUUGAUUUUUUGGGGGAGUGUCUCUGGAUUCACAGACACCCAAAUAUCACUUAUGCUUAUUU